GACGCUAGCCAGUCGAAAAACGGCUUUCCUGCGGCUGGUCCCUCCACCUGCCCCGGGCGGCGAGGGGCGGGGCUGGUCCCGGGCACAGAGGCGUCACGCACUCCAUGGUAACGACGCUCGGCCGAAGAUGGCGGCCGAGUGGGGUGGAGGAGGGUAUUGCUCCAGAUCAGGCCCGGGUCCUAGCCGGUGGAGCUGGAGCGCUUCUUUGUGGGUCCGCGGCGUCUUACUCCUGUUGGGCGGCCUGCCGGCAAGCACCACGUCUGUUCCCGUCUCCGUGGGCACUUCGCCUCCCUGCCGGCACCACGUCCCCUCCGACACUGAGGUCAUAAAUAAGGUUCAUCUUAAGACAAAUCAUGUUGUAAAGAGAGAUGUUGAUGAGCAUUUAAGAAUUAAGACUGUCUAUGAUAAAAGUAUUGAAGAGUUACUUCCUGAGAAAAGAUACCUUGUAAAGAACAAACUUUUCCCGCAAGCUAUUUCUUAUCUAGAGAAGACUUUUCAGGUUCGUAGACCUGCUGGCACCAUCUUACUUAGCAGACAAUGUGCAACAAACCAAUACCUACGGAAAGAAAAUGAUCCGCAUAGAUACUGUACUGGUGAAUGUGCACCAUAUACAAAGUGUGGACCAGUUAUUGUGCCUGAGGAACAUCUCCAGCAAUGCAGGGUUUGCCGAGGGGGUAAGUGGCCUUGUGGAGCAGUGGGUAUGCUGGACCAAGAGGGUGUCCAGGAUGCAGACUUUGUCCUUUAUGUUGGUGCUCUGGCCACUGAGAGAUGCCGCCAUGAAAACAUCAUCUCUUAUGCAGCCUACUGUCAGCAGGAAGCAAAAAUGGACAGGCCAAUAGCAGGAUAUGCUAACCUGUGUCCAAAUAUGAUCUCUACCCAGCCUCAGGAGUUUAUUGGGAUGCUGUCCACAGUGAAACAUGAGAUUAUUCAUGCCCUGGGUUUCUCUGCUGGGCUGUUUGCAUUCUACCAUGAUAAAGAUGGAAAUCCUCUAACUUCAAGGUUUGCAGAUGGUCUCCCACCUUUUAAUUACAGUCUUGGAUUAUAUCAGUGGAGUGAUAAAGUAGUUCGAAAAGUGGAAAGAUCAUGGAACGUUCGGGAUAAUAAGAUAGUUCAUCACACUGUGUAUCUCCUAGUAACACCUCGUGUUGUUGAUGAAGCACGAAAACAUUUUAAUUGUCCAAUUCUGGAAGGAAUGGAACUUGAAAAUCAAGGUGGUAUGGGCACUGAACUCAACCAUUGGGAAAAACGGUUAUUAGAGAAUGAAGCAAUGACUGGUUCUCACACCCAGAAUCGAGUCCUCUCUCGAAUCACUCUGGCAUUAAUGGAGGACACUGGCUGGUAUAAAGCAAAUUACAGCAUGGCUGAGAAGUUAGAUUGGGGCCGAGGAAUGGGCUGUGACUUUGUCAGAAAGAGCUGUAAAUUCUGGAUUGAUCAGCAGAGACAAAAAAGGCAGAUGCUGAGCCCGUACUGUGACACGCUCAGAAGUAAUCCAUUGCAGUUAACUUGCAGACAGGACCAGAGAGCAGUUGCAGUGUGUAAUUUGCAGAAGUUUCCUAAACCUUUGCCACCAGAAUAUCAGUACUUUGAUGAACUCAGUGGAAUACCUGCAGAAGAUUUGCCUUAUUAUGGUGGGUCAGUAGAAAUUGCUGACUAUUGCCCUUUCAGUCAGGAAUUCAGUUGGCAUUUAAGUGGUGAAUAUCAACGCAGCUCAGAUUGUAGAAUACUGGAAAAUCAACCAGAAAUUUUUAAAAACUAUGGUGCUGAAAAGUAUGGACCCCAUUCAGUUUGUCUAAUCCAGAAGUCGGCAUUUGUCAUGGAAAAGUGUGAGAGGAAGCUGAGUUACCCGGACUGGGGAAGUGGAUGUUAUCAGAUUUCUUGCUCUCUUCAAGGUCUAAUGGUUUGGGUCCAAGAUACUUCCUAUUUGUGUAGCCGGGCUGGGCAGGUUCUCCCUGUUAGUAUUCAGAUGAAUGGCUGGAUUCAUGAGGGAAACCUGCUGUGUCCAUCAUGCUGGGAUUUCUGUGAGCAGUGUCCUCCAGAGACAGAUCCUCCAGUGGCUAACCUGACCCGAGCUCUUCCGCUGGAUCUCUGUUCCCGUUCCUCUAGCCUGGUGGUCACCCUCUGGCUUCUGCUAGGCAAUCUGUUUCCUCUGCUGGCUGGAUUUCUUCUCUGUGUGUGGCACUAGGAAUGGAAACAUGAAAUUUCAAGAAAAGUGAAUUCUCAAGACACUUCUUUAUCUCAUAUUCCUGUGAACAAAGCACAAAAUCUGGGCAAGCACCAACCUGUGCAGACGGUCGAGUGGCAUUCCGGACUUUGGCUUGGGAGUGUUCACUAUGAUGGACCUUGAAGCAAAACUUCACAGCAGUCGCUUCUCAUCAGCCACCAGCCAUCUCAAAGAUUGGAGAAGGAGAAGGAAUUAUAAGUCAUCAUGUCUUUAUGUUUCAAGAUACAUAAUAUUCCUGAAGUUUUCUUUUGAAAACAGGAUAAUUGGUGAAAUUUCCAGAGUGAUUACUUACCUCAGCAUUUUCAUUAACCUAAAGUAAUAGGCAAGUUCAUCAUGGACACCACAGUAGCAAACAAUAGCCAAUUAUUACAAAAUUGUAAGUUGUGGAUCUUGCCCUCAGAAGUAUCAGUUGUCCUUUGAUUUACAGAAAAUAAUUGAAUUAAAAUUUCUAUAUCUCUAAUAUGCCUAUUUUAAACAUGAUGGCUAUACAUAUGGUAUACUUUUAUUUGGGUUUAGUUUGGCUUGGUUUCGUUUUAGUUUCAAGACAGAGUCUCAGUAUGUUGCCCAGGCUGGCCUUCAGCUUGCAAUCCUCCUGCCUUGACGUCCCAAGUAGCUGGGAUUAUAGGCUUGUGUCAUCAUGCCCUGCUUGUCCAUGGUACAUUUGAAUCAUUGUUUGUCCUGAAGAGUUUUAAAUUGUUUUGUUAAAUCUUGUGAUUUCAUCCUGCUUGCCUUUUUGCCAGCUCUGUAACAGUGUACUACUGAACUGCAGUCGGUGUGUUGUUAGCCCUGUGUACGUACUCAUCUUCAGAACUCAGCUUCCAUUUCAUUGCACAUUAACUUAAUACUGACUCGAAAAAAUGUGGAAGCAGAAAGAGUGAAAUACACUGCCCUGCAAAAAUGCUGAAGAUGCGCAACCAGAAGAAAAAGUAAUUGUACAUUUUUCAAAUAAUAGUUAUGACAACUGUAAUCCACUGAAGCAGAACUAUAUAUUUUAUCCUUUUUGACCAAUGUAGAUAAAAAGAAAUAGUGGCAUAAAUAUGUAUGUAGUUAUUUUCAAGUGGACUAAAAUUGUUACAGAAAAAUUUAGAAUAUCUGAAAAUUCUUUUAUGGAUAAGAUGAAAACUGUAACUCAAAACAAAAUGAUCUGAAUUGUUUACUAAUAGCAAAGUGUAGGUGUGGUGUAGGACCUGUGCACCAGGAUUCAUUUACCAUAUUACACAUGGCUUUGUCCACUAAAGUUGGAAGAUUCCCUUUUACCUCCUGCUUUUGAUUACUCCUCUUACCAUAUAGAGUCUGUGAAAUAAUUCUACAGUGGUAGCAGAGCACCAACCCCAUUUCUUAAUUCCUCUUUGAAAUUUCUUUAAUGACAGGUGAUGCCCAGUUUUUCUCUCUAAAGCUAAUGAGUUCUUGUAGCAUUAAAAAUUCAACCCUUGAAGGAAGCUUGUUUAGAAAUUGUGCUAAAUGAGCAAAGCAACGUAACUACUAAAGAGUAAUUCUAACUGAUUUUUUGGCAUUGGAACCAAACAGCAGUCCCACAUAAAGGAAAGUGACUUUUUUUAAAUAUGUAAAUCUAAAAUAUGUGUUUGCAUGAGAUAUAAAUUGGAGGUAUUUGUGGUAUUUGUCAUUGUGAAAAGCUGGGGCCACAAACAAUUUCAGCUUAAGAGAAGCUAAUAGUAAUGGUCUGCUGGCCAGCACUCAGUGUUAUACAUAUGUUAAAUUGUGCAAGGUGAGAGAAAACUAGAGUAUAUUUUUAAAGAAUCAUAUAAUUAUCUAAACUUACAUACCUGUUGAUUAUGUGUUACCCCACAAAGUUGUAUAAAGAAUUUCACCAAAAAAUCUAAUGGAUUAAUAAUAUAUUUGAGAUUCACAGUGCUAGGUUUGACUAUAUUUUGACUGUUGUGCGGUAAUGCCAUUUAGGUAGUAUUGUUUCCAAGCAUGGUGCUUUUUAUACUUGAAAUAUAUUUUUGCUUUAUUUUUUAUUGAUAUAAUUAUAUUUGCACUGAUAACUUUAUGAAGAAAAUAUUAUAGAUGACAUUUUUUGUAUAUAUAUAUAUAUAUUUAUUAAGCUUGGAAUCUGGUAGCCCAGUGCACAAACAUGAAACUUGAUAGAGUCUGAGAUUAAGAAAUUGUGAGUUCCUGAAGGUAACUAAUUGCAUUGGUAUCUCCCUUCCUCUUUGGUAAGGCUUGAUCAAGGUUGUUUAUCACUGAUUCUGCAUAGUGUACUCAGCAAGACUUAGAAGGACACUGAACCUGUAAGAAAUUUAGCCUUUUAGAAUAUGACAAUGAAGCAAAAACUUAAAAUCUGAGACAAUGCAGAAUUAUUACUAUAGAAUUCAGCUGUGAGCUGAAGAAUUUUAAAUAGCCUAUAUGUUGGUAUUCUGUGGUGGUUAAGCCCUUCAUGUUAGGAAAAACAAAACCAGUUCCCUCUAUCAGAGAGACUGAGUGGGCUGCAACCAUGGUGGAAGUUAAUUGGAGCAGGGAAGAAGAGUGCAGAGCUGCUAAUUUAGGGACAAUGAACUAGUGUCCCUUCCCAAUUUGAAAAAGGUCAAGUGCUUAUAAAAACUGACUACCUCGGUUUUCAGUUCAGACUUAGGUUCAUUUUGAUCGUUUUAAGGUCCCAAUUAUCAAAAAUAUCACAAGAAUUUGUCUCAGGUUUUCAAGACCAGAAUUUACAGGAAGGAAGUAAAAGCCAUGUCAGUAGCCUUGAGCUGACAGCUUUAAAGAAACUGGCAAGCAGUUAGGUAGUCUUAAUGUAGAUCUCUCUGGUAUUCUCUCAGAAAACAUUCUUUUUCUUUGCUUACUUCUUAAAAUCAGCAAACCUUACCUUUUUCCUAUAAGAUAUUUAUUUUUGUUAAGACCAAAUAGACAUUCUUAAAAUGUUAAAAUAUGGUUAACAUUAGUUUUCAGUCUAUGUUGGCUUAGAGUUCAUUGAUAUUUAAAUUUGAAACCUAAUUUUAUGUUUAAAUAGUUUUAGGAAGAUACAUAUAUAGGUAUAUCAGUAUUCCUUCAAAUUUUGUUGAUACUCUUUUCAGUAUGAGAAGACUUACUGAUUGAGGCCAUCUCUAAAACAACUAGAUGAUUUCUCAGAAUCCUUCCAGCUGUAGUAUUCUAUGACUAAUUCCCAGCCACAUUGCUAGUCACCGCUGACUCUGAUUCACCUCCUGGAGUGUGCAGCCUUCGUGUUGUGCUCAUCACAGAGCCUUUGCUCAAUGCCUUACCGCAGGCUUGGACACCUGAUGGACAGAGAAGAAUCUGUCUCUGAGGGCAGUUGAGUGACAGUCCCAGCAGAAGGAGACAGACUUAAGUCACAACCCCACAGCCCUGUUUCACAGUGGGCACUGGUCAUUCCCACCAUGACCUUGCAGCCCAGGAGGAUGAACAUAUUUUAAUAGUCUGUACUUUUCAUUCUGAAGAAAGAACUUUCCUGAAAGGAAGAAUUUUUUUUUUUUUUAAUGUAUAUUGAGUCAGGGGAGGGGAGGGAGUGGUGAAUUAUUUUCCUUUAUGUUUACAUUUUUAAUAAGCAAAACAGAAAAUUUGAAAAUUAUUUAUGGUAUUGAACUUUAAGUGUAAUAUAUUCCUUAGAAAAAUACAACUUUAAUAAAAAAUGGA